AUGGACGAUUCAAAAAAGGAACUUCGACGAUUGAACAGACUUGCUUGGGGAGAGGGAAAAGGAGAACAAAUAAAGAACCUUGAUAGUAAUAUCAAAAAGAAUACGACAUUUAUCAAGAAAUGUAAAACAUCUAUGGGCGCUGAUAUGCGUAUUCAACUUUUAAACGAUAUAAAAAAGUUGAGUCUCGAAAAGUACAUUUCUGAAGUUGUGGGUGCUGUCAUUCAAGGCAUGGCGAAGUGCAAAACAACAGCAGAUAUAAAUGCCUGUGUCGAGGUUGUUUCUGCUCUACAUCAACGCUUUCCAACUUCUUUCACAUUAUUGUUAACACAUCAGCUCGCAGUCGUUUUACAACCACCUUCCAAACAAUAUUUGGCGACGCUUAACGCUGAACAAAGGGAAAAAGAAGAGUCGGCACGUAUUAUUCGACAACGUAUCUAUUUACGACUGGCUUGUGAGUUUUGGCUGGUUUGCAUUCUACGCAAUGUGCAAGAUGGUAUUUCCACUUAUUCUUCGGUUGACGUAAGUGGUAUUGAAACUCAAAGAGAUUCGUUGGCUGGUUUAAUGGGUACCAGCAACUCAGACUUAGCAGCAUCAAGCUCAGCAACCCACCAACAACAGCAGUCGCAAUCCAAUAACAAGAAACAACAGUCUGGCCGAUCAUCGAAGGAUGCUGGAGGGUUCAUAUACAAGAUAUUGAAAGACUUAUUGGCCAAUGAUUCAGAACGACACGACAAUCUGCCUUUAAUGGCCUCCUUUUUGAAAAACUACAGUCAGUCUAUUUUAGGCAUUGUUCCUAGAAAACAACGUGCUGCGGAAGAUAAACAUGGAGAAGAAGGAAAGAAGGAAGCAGCCAUUGAAAUGGAUAAAGAUUCGGUCAUAACUCCGGAUAUUCAUGCUAUGUUCACCAAUCUAUUUCAAUCUUAUUAUAAAUCAGUGUCAGAGCACUUAGUGAAAGUACAUAAAAUAGUGAAAAAAAUGGAAAAACAGAACAACGAAGUCUUAUUUGCACGUGGAGGAUUAUCUGACGAAAGGAAAGAGAGAUUUGAAAAGGCUUCCAAAGUAUAUGAGAAACUUUCAACUCAUACUCAAGUUCUCUCAGAUACAUUGGACUUAGAUAUGCCUGAACUUCCAUCUAUUGAGGAGAUGGAGCCAAAACAAUCCAUUCUCAGCUCGAAUACAGGUAGUUCUUUCAAUGACGACGGAAACGAUACCAGUAAUAGUAUUUGGGAAGAUGAAGAUGCUCGUAAGUUCUACCAAGAUCUACCUGAUCUUCGAGCACUUGUGCCUGAUGUAUUUUUGGAUUCUGAUCAACAAUCACAGAAAAAGGCUACUGCGGUCAAAGAUGAGAACCAAAAGGUUCCUACAGAAAAUGAGAAUACUAAAUUCAAAGAAGAGCAACAAGAUAAUGGAAGCGAAGUGGAACAGCAGGAAGCAGUAGCAGCGAAGGAAGAAGAACUCUUAUUAGAGGACGAAUCGAUACCCGCUCCUGAAUUGACAGAAGAUGACCUAUCAGAUCCUUCACAUAUAGUAGACGAAGUGAUCAACAAAUCGGGUGUGAACGAGAAUGAAGAUGAUGAGACAGCUAGUAGUAGCAAAGCUAUCACAUCGCAGAAUAUCCCUUUAGACAAUUUGCUUGCUCGCUUAUCAGAAUGUGCAAAUCGUGAUCUUGUAGAUAGCAUUGCUGUAGAUUUUUGCUAUCUAAACAAUAAGGUCAACCGUCGUCGUUUAGUGAAAGCAUUACUUAGUGUUCAACGCCAUCGAGUUGAUCUUUUGCCUUACUAUUCACGACUCAUUGCAAUUUUAAAUCGAUAUUUCCCGGAUAUUGGGGAAAUGACAGUGGAAGCACUCGUUUAUGAAUUCAGAGGAUUACAGAGAAGGAAAACUCAAGAUCUACUCGAGACACGAAUUAAGAAUAUCCGGUUUUUAUCAGAAUUGACAAAAUUCGGUGUGGCGCCCAUCCAUACUAUUUUCUAUACUUUCAAAGUGGCUCUGGAUGACUUUACAAACCAGAAUAUUGAUGUUGUCUGUAACUUGCUAGAAACAUGUGGCCGUUUUCUGCUUCGAACGCCUCAGACAGGCGAACGUAUGAAGCCUAUGCUUGAGACGGUAAUGCGUAAAAAAAAUGUUCAUCAUUUGGACAACCGAUAUGCACUUAUGGUAGAGAAUGCCUAUUACCAAGCAUGUCCCCCUGACAAGCCAGCUGUUUGUAUAAAAGAGCGAUCACCUAUAGAACUGUAUAUCCGCAAGUUGAUUCACGAAGAUUUAUGCAAGAAGACAUUAGAUAGAGUGUCGAAACAGCUACGUAAAUUACAUUGGGAAGACCCAUCCAUUCAAAGAAUUCUCAGCAAAAUAUUCCAAAAAAUUUGGAAGAUCAAAUUUGGGAAUAUUCAUCUAAUGGCUAUAUUGGCAAGCGGAUUGAACCGUUAUCAUUCCGAUUUUGGUGUGCAAUUAGUUGACAGUAUUGUUGAAGAAAUUCGUGUUGGCUUGGAACAGAAUAUUUUCAGUCAUAACCAACGAAGAAUAGCAAUAGCCAAGUAUCUUGGAGAAUUGUACAAUUAUCGAAUGAUUGAUUCACCGCUCAUUUUUGAAACAUUAUAUACAAUUGUUACGUUCGGCCAUGAAUUCGGUCGACCUGCAAAAGAAAGGUUUUGCCCUAUUGAUGCGCCUGAUGACUUUUUCCGCAUCCGACUUUGUUGUACUCUACUUGAUACUUGUGGUAUGUGCUUUGAUAGAGGAAGCUCUAGGAAGAAGCUUGACGAUUUCUUGACGUUCUUUCAGAUGUAUAUUCUAAGUAAAAGCAAACCACCAAUGGAUGUUGACUUUAUGAUUUCAGAUACUCUGGAAAUGCUACGUCCACAACUCCAUCUUUUUACUACAUAUGAGGAAGCCAAUGAAGCUGUCGAUCGUUUAUUAAUGGAACAACUGAAGAGCGUGCAAGGUACAAAUGCAAACAACGAGGAAGGUAAAUCAUCGGUGGAGGACGGCUUGGAUGACGAAAGUGAUGCUUCUGAUCUUUCACAGAGUGCCGAUGAAGAUGAGGAUGAAAUUGAGAUUCCUGAAGAUAAUGAUGAUAGCAGUAAUGUAGUUGGGGAGGAAGAUAGUGUUGUUGAGAGCAAUAAGGAUUACACAGCAGCAGAUGAUGAUGAGAAUGUCAUUGUCUUGAAAACUAAGCGAGAACAACAAUUAUCGAAGGAAGAAGAAGAAGAAUUUGAUAGAGAAUUCAAUAAAUUGAUGAACGAGAGUAUUGAGUCUCGUAAAUUUGAUAAAAAGCAGGCAUCCUUAGAUGUCCCCAUUCCUAUGAACUUGAGAGGGUCUUUGGAUCAUCGCAGCGAAGCAGCAGAAAAGAGCCAGCCAAAUAUAGGCAAAAUGGCAUUCACCUUACUGACAAAGAAAGGCAAUCGACAACAGACAAAGAUAAUGGAGAUCCCUGCAGAUUCUACGCUAGCAAUUAGUACACGUAAUAAACAAGAGGCUGCUAGAGAAGAACAGCAACAGCUAAAACAACUUGUAUUGAACUACGAACAGAGAGAAGCUGCUGCUGCUCGUCAAGCUGCAUUGGAUGAAAAGAUGAGACUACGUGGCCAGCAACGUGGAAAAAAAGUAUUCCAAAUGGGGGCAGGUGCUGCAGGUCAUUCUUAUUCAGCUGGUGGUGGGUCUAAUUGGUAG